UGUGACCCAGCUGCUGUUUUGACAGGAGGAACUGCCACAUUGUUUCUUCUUGUCCUUUAAUCUCAGUUUGAGGCUCCUUCCUUCCUGACUGUCUGUCCCCACCACAGAUGUCUCCCUAACAUCGGUGUGUUUCUGCGGAUGAUGAUGAUGAUGAUGGAGGAGAGCGGCUCCACGGAGGUGUGUGUGAUCCCGGAGAACCCUCACUGUGUCCGGGUGUCGGAGCUCCGGAGGGCGGACCUGGCCCCCGGAGGGUCGCUGCUCCUCGGCUGUCUGAGGGACCGGGGCCUCCUGGAGGUCCUGGACCCGGCCGACAGAGAGGCUCCCCCGGCAGAGGCGAGCGGGAGAUACACGGAUUUCUGCUGGGAGGAGGAGGGGGGGGGGCGGCUGCUGUCUGUCAGCUCUCAGUUUGAUCUGAAGCUUCUGGAAGCAGAAAGACCCUCAAAGAUCUCCAUCAGAUCUGAAGUUCCUGCUGAGCGCCUGCUGAAGACCCUGAGAGAGCAAGACCCCGGUGUGUGUGAGCUGCAGUCUCUCCAGGUGUUGUGUUUCUCAGCCGGCCGCGGCUGCCUGCUGCUCAACUCUGAUUGGCUGCUGCAGCUGCAGUGGCUGCAGACGGACGAGCAGCCGCAGACCAUCUCCUGCUGCAGAAUACACACACACACUGAUGACAGACACACACACUCUGCUGACAGCAACACACACACUGAUGACAGACACACACACUCUCCUGACAGCAACACACAUACUACUGACGGACACACAUACUCUGCUGACAGCAACACACACUCUCCUGACAGCAACACACACUCUCCUGACAGCAACACACACUCUCCUGACAGCAACACACACUCUCCUGACAGCAACACACACUCUGCUGACAGCAACACACACACUGAUGACAGACACACACACUCUGCUGACAGCAACACACACUCUCCUGACAGCAGCACCCUCUCUCCUAACAGCAACACACACUCUCCUGAUGGCCACAUACACUCUCCUGACAAAGACACACACUCUCCUGACGGCCACAUACACUCUCCUGACAGCAACACACACUCUCCUGACGGCCACACACACUCUUCUGUGCACCGCUGUGUAUGUGUGGUCAGAGAGACUCUGUUCAGCCUCAGCUCCUCCGGACUCAUCUCUGUGUGUAGCCUCAGUGAUGGCCGCCUGCUGGCCUCCAUCAACCUCCCUCUCUACCUGUCUGCUGCUCAGCCAGAAGAGGAGCUGCUCUCCUCCUCGUCCUCCUCCUGCGUCUCCUCCUCUUCCUCCUUCUGCCUCCUGCAGCUGUCGGCUGAUCUGAGCACAGCUGUGGCCGUCACUGAGAGCCACAGCGCCGCCGCCGUGCCCCUGGAACACUACUUCAGUCUGUUCCCGGACCACCUGCUGUGUGCCACCCCCCCCCUCCGACCCCCUCUGAGGCCCCUGAUGCAGGUGGACCAGGACUCCCUGUGGAGCUCCAGCUGCAGCCUCUCUUCCCUCGGAUCCACCUUCAGCACCGACCGCUCCUGGGAAGCUCGUCUGUCUUCCAUGUACAGCAGAGCCCAGCCUCCUCCCUCCUCUCCCUCCUCUCCCUCCUCCUCCUCUCCCUCCCCCUGGUCCUCCUCCCUCCCCCACCUGUACUCCCAGUCCUCCUCCUCCCACAGCAGGGUGCCUCUCGGCGGGGCGACCGUCUCCUUCUCCGUCCCCGAAUCCUCGGCUCCGUCGCUGCUCACCGUCACCGAGUUCUCCGCCCAGCUGACCUUCGUCUCCCCCGGCAACGCGGAGACCACAGUUGCAUUGUGGGAAAUGGAGUCCGGGAAUGUGACGCAACACCGAGCGGAGGGGGAGGCGGCUCCGGUGCAGCGAUGUGGAGAGAGGCAGCACCGCCUGCUGCUGAAGGACUCUGGUGUGUUUCAGGUCUUGUUCUCGGUGUCUCAGGAGGACUUGCUCAGCAGGCUGAUGUUGUUCGGCAGCGCAGCCACGGUGGACGCAGUUUGUCACCUGAACAGCUGGGGGCGCUGUUCCAUCCCCAUCCACUCCCUGCAGGCGGGCCUGAAGAACCGUCAGCUGGACACGGUGGAUUUCUACCUGAAAAGCAAAGAGAACAUCCUGAACCCCCAGAACGAUCAACCCCCCCCACAGAGCCUCACACACAGUUUCCAGGAGCUGUGCUCGGCGUUGGAUCUGCUCUGCUCGGCGGUCAGAGAGUCGAACAGCGAGGCUCAGAGUCGUCAGUUUUCCGAGCAGCUGCUGAACAUCACGCUGAGCUUCAUCAACAGACAGAUCCGCUCAGUGCUGACCAACACACAGCACGAGGAUCUGAGCGUGCAGGUGGAGGUUCUGGAUCGCUACGUCACGGAGCUCAGGAGAUACAUGAAGAGGUUCCCCUGGCCUGUAGGGGGCGACACCUGCAGCACAAACUCUGCUGAGGCUGCCCCCCUGCAGGAGGAAGAGGAGGAGAGGGAGGAAGAGGAGGACGAGUGGGAGAAACUGCAGACGGAGGAAGUGGUGCGGCGCUCCAUCCUGACCAAUCAGAUACCUCGGGCUCAGGCGGUGCUGAGGGGGCGGGGCCUGAAGGAGCAGCGUCUGUCUGCUCUGAGGAGGCGGGGCCUACAGGAGGUGUUCACCUGUCUGCAGCACAGAGACCUGCACACUGCCAACACUCUGCUCACUAACAUGGGCUUCAGCGUAAAGCAGCAACUCCGCAGUAUCUGCCUCUUCACCGACGACUACGACCUGCGGGACUUCGUGGUGGAGGAGCUGUCAGGGCGGAGGUUCCUCCCCGAGGAGGAGGUGCAGAGCGUGGAGUUCAUGAAGCAGAUGGAGAGGCUGGGGUCCCUGCCUGCUGCCCGCUCUGCAGAAACACCUUCACACAGGGGGGUGCAGAUGGUGCUCAGGGAGGGGGGUGUUGGGGAGGAGGUUCUGCAGGAGCUACUGUUACAGAGGAGUGAGGAGGAAGAGGGAGGGGGCCUCUGGAAGACCCUCAGGCUGGACUGGGUCAGGAACUGGGACCAGAGCUGCAGGACGGCUGUGCUGCUGUCCAGACUGCCUCACACAGAGGUGACUUCCUGUGACUCGGCGUUGUUGUGGCGUUACCUGACGUCUCUCCACGACCAGCGCCGCAUCAUCGACUGGAUCCAGAACGAGGAUGUGAACCCAGAACUGGUGAACAAUAACACAUCCUGUAGCUUGUUCCUGAGGGAGGAGAUCCUCGACCUACUGGCCAGGAGGGGGGUGUUGGUGCAGGAGGAGCUGUGUGACCUCCAGCUGCUCCUGUGGAGACUCUCUCAGGGAGGGGGGGUGAUGUCAGGUUCCCCCUCCCUCCCUCAGUACCGCUCUCCUCUGGGUCUGGACCUCCACAGCCUCUUCAUCUCUUUCUGCGUGAAGCACAGCCUUCACUUCCUGCUCUACAGCUACCUGCAGCACCACAGGUUGACCCCCAGGAACUGUCCGCUGCUGACCAAUCAGAGCCUGUCUGAGAGCGAGCCCUGGUUUGAGAUGAUGGUGAAGAUCCAGGAGAUCAGCACCGACCUCUCAGAUCCAGGCCUGGUGUUCUCUGCCUCCCUCUCCUCCUCUCAGGUGUUGUUACCUGGCUCCGGGGCCUCUCUCAGCUCUCUCCUGCUGGAGGGCCACAGUCUGCUGGCUCUGGCCUCCCUCAUGUUCUCCCCCGGAGGAAUCGACCAGGUGGCGUCUCCGGGCCGGGCGGAGAGGACGGUGGACGCUCAGCUGCUGAAGAUGGCGUUGACCCCUCACCCCAAACUGAGAUCAGCUCUGUUCCCCCCCGGGCCCCGAGGAGGCGGAGCCACCUCCGACGUCUCCGUCUACCACCUGCUGCAGGCGCUGCAUCCUCUGGAUCCGUGCCGGCUGUUCGGCUGGCAGGCGGCAAACACCCUGAACUCCAGCGAUCUGUCGGAGCUGCCUCACUUCUCCAGCUCUCACCUGGUGAGCAGCUUCGCUCUGAUGGAGAAUCUGGACUUCCUCUACUUCCUGCGUCAUGGCCGCCCCUCCUCUGCCUUCGCCACCUUCCUGAAGCAACAGCUGAGCGGCAGCUGCGACGUCCCACUGCUCCUGCAACAGGCUCUCCAGCAGGUGUCCCGAUUGGCGAUGCAGUGUGUGUGUGUGUCGUCGAUCACCGCAGCGUGUGUGUGUUUCUACGAGCUGCUGGGAGUCUGCAGUCUGAAGCUGAGGGUCGACAUCCGAGCGCUACACACUGUCCUGCAGACACACAACACACACUCUGCUACACACACACAGUCUGCUGCUACACAACACCUGCACAACCUGGGUGUGCGGCUGGCGGAGGCGGAGCCUGGAGCAGCGGAGCAGCUGAUUGGCUGCCUGGAGGCUGCAGUGACGGACAGCCUGGAGCAGAGAGGCGUCGCCAGGUCCUCCUACGAGGCGGCUCAGGAUUGGUCGCUGCCGGUUCAGUUCUGUCAGCUUCACUCUCUGCCUCUCAGCUCUGUUUACGCCUCUCACUGCGCACAGGACGCACACUUCAUCAACUUCCUGUUGUUCGUCCAGCUGCACAACUUCCCCCCCCAGCAGGUGAGGUCUCUGGCGGCUCAGUUUGGCCCCGCCCUCCAGGCGCACCUGAGCCUGGCCUUCCAGGAGCUGCAGGUGUUCAGCCAGAGGGAGGGAGGGGGGCUCAGUGGCCCCCAGGAGCAGACCCCCCACAGAGAGGAGGCCCCCCACAGAGAGGAGGAUCUGCUCCUGGUGCUCCUGAAGAGCCAGGAGGAGGCAGUGCCCGACAGCUUCCUGCUGAAGGAGGCGCUGGAGCAACGCUGCCCCCUGCUGGCUGUGAUGGCCGCCUGCCAACAGGGGGCGGAGCUUGUUCCCUGCCUCUGUGUGUGGGUGUUGACCUCUGUUGAUGAUGUCACGUUCGGGGAGGCCACCUCCCACCUGGCCGACGCCCCCCCCCACCACCAGUGGACUCUGCACGACCUGUCAAUCAUCUGGAAGACGCUUUUGGGGCGGGGCCACGUCAGACCUCUGCUGCGAGGAUUCAGCCUCUUCCAGAGGGACUGUCCUCUGGUUCUGGUGCUGCAGAUGUUUGAGCUGUGUUGUGACUACAGGAACUUCUCUGAGGCCAAAGCCAAGCUGCUGGACUUCCAGAGGACCCUCAUCUCUAUGAGGAGUUUGCCCCCAGGCCCUGAGGCUCUCCUCCCCCUGCAGUGGGUGGAGAGCCAGGCCUCGGAGCUGCUGCUCUCCACGCUGCAGCGCUGCUCCUCGCAGUACGACCUGCACCGCCUGCUGCUGCUGCUCAGAGACGUCCACAAGCUGCUGAAGUCCAACGGUCCGGACUUCAGGAAGCUGAGUGAGCUGAGUGAGCUGCUGCAGGGGUCAGAGGUCAGCCUGCCCCCCCGCCUGCUGCAGUGCACCUCGCCCUCCGUCCAGCAGGAGGAGCUGCAGGCGGUGGUGGACGCUCUGCAGGAGGGGGGGCGAUUCAGAGAGGCCCGACAGGGGGCGAUGCUGGGGGGGCUGCCGACACACACACUGCUGCUUACACAGCUUCUGCAGGACGUAAACUCCCAGAAGUCCAAGCGGCAGUGGAGCAGACUGGAGACGCGUGUUUCUCUCUGGAGGAAAUGUCACGAUCAGCUGCAGGCCGACGGCAUCGACCCGGAGCCGGCGUCCCUCUUCUUCCUGUCGCAGACGAAGAAAGAAUCCGGGGGGGCGGAGCUUCUGGAGGUGCAGGAGUGCUGCCUGCUGCUCCUCCUCUCCUCCCAUUGGCUGUCCAGACUCGUCCCGGCUCCAAGGGGCCGCCUGGAGAGCCUGGAGAAGCAGCUGUGGGCGGAGAGGGUGAGGGGGCGGGUCUUAGCCGGCGCCACGGAGAAACAGAGCGUCUUCAACCUGUCAAUCACCCAGGAGACGACCUCAUCAUACGAGCUGAUGGUGAAGGAGUUCUGCUUCUCCAACAUCCCAUGCAUGAAGGAGGAGGAGGGCCUCAUGGCGGAGGAGGGCCUCAGGGCGGAGGAGGGUCUCAGCACGGAGAUGGGUCUCAGCAAGGUGGAGGGCCUCAGCAUGAAGGAGGGCCUCAGCAAGGAGGAGGGCCUCAGCAUGAAGGAGGGCCUCAGCAUGAAGGAGGGCCUCAGCAUGAAGGAGGGCCUCAGCGCGGAGGAGGGUCUGAGCAUGGAGGAGGGCCUCAGUGUGGAGGAGGGUCUAAGCAAGGUGGAGGGCCUCAGUGCGGAGGAGAGUCUGAGCACGGAGGAGCUGCGUGAGGAGGACACGCUGAGUCCAGAGGAGAGGUGCAUCCUGGGAACGCUGGUGGAUCAGCUGUUGGAUGAAGGGAGCAUCCAUGAGGCCAGCAGGGUGUGCAGGUACUUCUCUCUGCAGCACGGAGACAUGAAGCUGGUGCUGCGCUGCAGGGGGAUCGCCUCUGGAGACCUGAGGCCACAAACAGAGGAGGAAGAGGAGGAGGAGGAAGAUCUGCAGAAGAAGAUCACCAGCUUGCCCUCGUUCAGCAGCCUCUCGUCCUUCGUGGUUCUCCCCCUCCCUGAAGACCAGGUGGCCGUGCAGCUGCAGAAACUGGUGGAUCAGUGCCGGCACGGAAACAACUUCUGCAGACAAGUCCUCAGCCUCUACCAGCUCUCCAAGGAGCUGCAGCUGUCCUUCAGGCAGAUCCACAGCCAGGACCCGGGCUCGGUUCUGCAGAAUCUGCUGCAGUCGGAGCAGCCGGAGCGUUUCAGGAAGGCCCGAGCGUUCAUUAAGGCUCAGAGCCUAUCAGCAGAGAGCGUGUCGGGGCUGCUGGCCUCCAGCCUGAUGAGGGCGCUGCUGGACUCCAGCACCGAGCUGCAGCCCGAGUGUCAGGUGUUCAGGCCGGCAGAGGGGCGGGACUCCCUGCUGUCACUCAUCAAACUCUGUAACGAUCCAAACCUGGUGGGAGAGAAACUGCUGCAGAACCUGAGCUGUGUUCCUCUGAGAGAGCUGAGCUGCAUCGUGGAGCUUCUGAUCGUGGCUCACGACUGCUUCAGCCUCACCUGCAACAUGGAGGGAAUCGUCCGAGUGCUACAGGCCGCCCGACACCUGAGCCACGCCCACCUGGCCCCCCGAGAGCACUACGGCCUGCUGGUGCGUCUCCUCACAGGGAUCGGCAGGUAUAAUGAGAUGACGUACGUCUUCGACCUGCUGCAUCAGAACCAUCGCUUCGAGAUGCUGCUGAGGAAGAAGAUGGACACAGACAGAGGACAGAGCUCCAGCCUGAAGACGGCUCUGCUGGAUUAUCUGAAGCGAUGCCUCCCUGCUGACAGCGAGAAACACAACAUGGUGGCGCUGUGCUUCAGCAUGAGGAGGGAGAUCGGAGAGAACCACGAGAUGGCCGCCCGAACGCAGCUGAAGAUCAUCGAGUCCCAGGCCUGGGUGGUGACUCCUGAGCUGAAGAGUUCUCUGGUCAAGGUGCUGGGUCUGCUGAAGGACGCUGCAGAGAGCUUCUCCAAGGACUCGUGUGUGCGUCAGGCGACUCGCUGCGUGCGGACAGCGAAGCUUGUGGCUCUGCAGCUUCACUUCCUGAAGCAGGACUCAGACCUGCAGCUCGUCAACCUGCAGCCUCCGGAGCUGCUGAGCGCCGUCACCGCGCUGCCGAGCUGCUACCAGGUUUUGGUGGUGGCCGAGGCGUACGGCUACAGUCCGGACUGGCCUCACAUUUUGUUCCAGAAGGUGAUCCUGAGCGGAGACUUUGUUUACCUGGAGGACUUCAAACGCCUCCGCCCCCUCACCUCCGCCCUGUUCGAGGACAUCUUCAAAAAGCUGGACGGGGCUCCCUGCAGUGUCUCUAAUGCUCGCCGCCUGCUCUCUCACUGUGAGCACGUGUUCAGCCGCUACAGACUGGCCUACCAACAGAACCUUCUGGACGUCAGCAAGGCUCUGCUGCAGGACACACACUCCUCUGGAUACCUGAGGGACCGGCUGGCCAGCUGAUCCAAUCCCCACCAGAACCACCGGCUGGAAUACAGAGAGCUGCAGGGAUGUGGUGUUCCUGUGCUGGUCCCUGAAGGCAGCAUCUCCCUGCUCCAAUGGGAUUCCUCCGUGGGAGUUUUGGAUUAUUGCAGAAAAUAAUCUCUGUGUCAAACAAACUCACACGUUUAGUUCAGCAGUGAGGAAUCUACUCACCACACACCUUAGUUCAGACUAACAACCAAAAACACAUUCAGAAGACCAUUGACUUCCAGACCAGGGGACAGGAAGUGGUAACAUGCUGACUCAUUUCAGGGUUUAGGACUCAUUCCUGCACCACUGAUGAUUCUCUCUUUGAAACGGAUGAUUCAAAAUCUUCACAGAAAUGAUGAAAUUACACUUUAAAAAUGUACAUUAAAUACUCUUUCUAACGUG